CGGUAUCCUUGGCACAUGAGAGAGCGUGCAGAUCUGAAAUUGCCCUGAAUGGAUACAGGAUCAUGCAGAAAACGAGCUGUUCUGGGGACAAAAGGGCAGCGAUCGGCCGCAGCCUCCUCCCAAAAAUAAGCCCCAGUCCAGCACCCCUCCGGGCCAAGGGGAGGGAACCGGCUGGCUAGCAGGGGGAGGUUGAGCGGAGCCUGGGCUGAGGAUGAUAGGCAGGACGGCAACAAAGCCAGGGGCUUGGAGGAAAGCUGCAAGUUUCGGCGAGAGCCAGGACUAAAGCCCUGCGGGCGGCAGGGCUGGCUCGGGCCCGGAGCGAAUACUGUGGGGAAAAUGUGCACCACUCAAGAAGAUAUUGCAUAUGAUUUUGAAGAUGAUUCAAAAGAUAAGACUAAGACACUUAAGCCUAAUCCAAACAUUGAUGGCGGAUGGGCUUGGAUGAUUGUCCUUUCUUCCUUCCUUGUACAUAUACUCAUCAUGGGGUCACAAAUGGCCCUUGGAAUACUUAACAUGGAAUGGCUUGAAGAAUUCAGUCAAAGUCGAGGCUUGACUGCCUGGGUUAGCUCCCUUAGCAUGGGUAUUACAUUGAUCGUAGGUCCUUUCAUUGGUUUAUUCAUUAACACAUGUGGGUGCCGCAAGACAGCAAUAACUGGCGGGAUCUUGAAUGCCCUAGGCUGGGUAUUGAGUGCCUAUGCCUCAAAUGUACAUUACCUCUUCAUUACAUUUGGUGUGACAGCUGGUGUUGGGAGUGGCAUGGUUUAUCUUCCUGCAGUGGUCAUGGUAGGACAGUAUUUUCAGAAGAGAAGAGCACUAGCUCAGGGACUUAGUACCACUGGAACAGGGUUUGGAACAUUUCUAAUGACCAUUUUACUGAAGCAUCUGUGUAAGGAAUUUGGAUGGAGGAAUGCAAUGUUCAUCCAGGGUGCUGUGUCUCUGAACCUGUGUGUCUGCGGAGCGCUCAUGAGGCCACUUUCUUCCGGGAAGGAUGCCAAUGAAAAAGGUGUUAAGAGAAACAGUAGUGAAGAUUAUCAUGCAAAAGCUCUGUUCCACUCUGCAAAGCCCAUAAAAUCUAAUGGGGUAUUACAUGAAGAGCAAGAGAAAAAAGAAGGACCAGUUAAUGACAAAGUGCUUGAUAAUAUUCAAGCUAUGAAGUGCAAAGGUAAAACCAGACGUGGAAAGCAUUUGUAUGCUCUUUGCAUUCUCAAGAGAGUGAGCCAGCUGACUGUUACAAUCAAGAAGGGGUUUGGAACAUGGUACUCCAGCUACUUUGGGGCUGCAUCACUUUUUACUAAUAGAGUAUUUGUGGCCUUUGUGUUUUGGGCAUUGUUUGCAUACAGCAGCUUUGUUAUUCCUUUUAUUCAUCUUCCAGAAAUCGUCAAACAGUAUAAUUUAUCCACACAGAAUGAUGUAUUUCCUUUGACCUCGAUUAUAGCCAUAGUUCAUAUAUUUGGUAAGGUGAUCCUUGGAAUCAUCUCUGAUUUACCCUGCAUCAGUACUUGGAAUGUCUUUCUGACAGCUAACUUCACUCUUGUCACCUGUAUUCUUAUUUUGCCAUUAAUGCAUACAUAUAUUAGCCUGGCAAUGGUUUGUGCCCUAAUAGGAUUUUCCAGUGGAUAUUUUUCUCUCAUGCCUGUUGUGACUGAAGAUUUAGUGGGGAUAGAGCACCUUGCAAAUGCUUACGGCAUCAUACUUUGUGCCAAUGGGAUAUCUGCACUGCUAGGACCACCAUUUGCAGGUUGGAUCUAUGACAUCACACAAAAAUAUGAUUUUUCUUUUUACAUAUGUGGUUUGCUUUACAUGGUAGGAAUAAUCUUUUUACUCAUCCAACCUUGUAUUCAAAAGAAACAAUCAAAAGACAAACCCACUGAAAGCACAAAAGUAUAGUUCAAUUUAUGGAAUGUUUUGAAAAGAAUAUAUUGGGUUCAUGUCUCUGUUAUAUAGCAGUAUAAAAUUGUUAUUCUUACAAGACCAACUGCAUUGAAGAGCAUCACAGUGAAUAAUGAAUGAGCUGCAAAGUGCUGAUAUUAAAUAAUUAGUGGAAAUGUGCUUGUAAAAGCAAGUUGACUGUCAUACUUAUGAUUCUUUGCUUAGAACUGUCUCUUUAACAAAUACUGAUGUUAAGAGCUUUCCAGAUGUAAUAUUGCUAUUUUUACAUUUGGUCAGUGGUUGAAACAUUAGUUCUGAUUCACAAAAAGAAAAGGAGGACUUGUGGCACCUUAGACACUAAC